AUAGUGAGAGAGAGGAGAGAGAGGAGAGAGAGAUGGAUAUAGACAUGGGCCAAAAAAAAUUUGCAGAGCAGUUGACCCGGGCGUUUGCAGCACUCGCAGAGACCUCUAGGUGGCAAAAGCAGCGGCGGCGUGCAGUCGCAUUUAGGCGUGUGCGUCGGGGUGGGGCCUCGGCAGCGCUCAGGGCGGAGUCCGGGCGCUGCAGCCCGUUCCCUCCGGUCUCCAGACGGCGUUCGGCAGCAAUGGCUUGGCCCCGCGUGCAGCUGGUUGUCACCGCUGAUGACUUUGGUUACUGCCCGAGGCGCGAUGAGGGCAUCGUGGAGGCCUUCCUGGCAGGAACUGUGACCAGCGUGUCACUGCUGGUCAACGGCACAGCCGCAGAGAGCGCGGCCGAGCUGGCCCGCAGACACAGCAUUCCCACGGGCCUCCACGCCAACCUGUCUGAGGGCCGUCCUGUGGGUCCGGCCCGCCACAACGCCUCGUCGCUCCUCAGCCCAGAAGGCUUCUUCCUCGGGAAGAUGGGAUUUCGGGAGGCCUUAGCGGCUGGAGACGUUGCUUUGCCCCAGGUGCGGGAGGAACUGGAAGCUCAACUCAGCCGCUUCCGGGAGUUGUUGGGCAGGUCCCCCACGCACGUAGACGGGCACCAGCACGUGCACGUGCUCCCAGGAGUGUGUCAGGUGUUCGCCGAGGCUCUGCAGGCGUUCGGGGUGCGCUUCACACGGCUGCCAGUAGAAUGCGGCGUGGGCAGCUGCUCGUGGCUGGAAGCACCAGCGCGUGCCUUCGCCUGCACUGUGGAGCGCGAUGCCCGGGCUGCCAUGGGCCCCUUCUCCCGCCACGGCCUGCGGUGGACCGACGCCUUUGUGGGCCUGAGCACUUGUGGCCGCCACAUGUCUGCUCACCGAGUCUUGGCGUCACUGGCACGGGCCCUCGAAGAUAUCCCUGCUGGCCGUGCCCUGACUGCCGAACUGAUGGCACACCCAGGAUACCCCAGUGUGCCUCCAGCAGGGGGCUGCGGUGAAGGCCCCGACGCUUUCUCUUGUUCUUGGGAGCGGUUGCAUGAGCUGCACGUCCUCACUGCACCCACCUUGCGGGCUCGGCUGGCCCAGAAUGGUGUGCAACUCUGCGCCCUAGACGACCUGGAUUCCAAAAGGCCCGGGGAAGGGGUCCCCUGUGAGGCAACUCUUGAGCCCUUCCUGGAGCCUUCCCUACCCUGACACCAAAGGCUAGCUACGAACUGCCUCUCACAGUGGAGGAAGGCCAGGGCUAGAGCUCUGGUUCAGCAUGGAACCAGGCCUUGGAGCAGGGUCUGGUUUCUUAGAAUGACAAGUCACUAACCCAGGUCCUUGCCGCUGAGCAGUAUUGGGCAGCCUUGCCUGCUGCAGGCAGGGCUGGUCUGUGACAUCUGGAUUUAAGGCCUGCCUGAGCAUUUGGUGCCAAUUCAUGUUGCAGUUAAAACCACCUGUUUAGUGGAGCAGUGGAGAGAGGUUGGUGUGAAUAAAAUAAUGUCUUUCA